AUCGCCAUGCAACAACCAACUGAAGCCCGCGUGCAAGAGAUUGCAAGAUGAGGGAACUCCAGCUGCACCUCCAGUGCUUCCUCUCACUCUCAUACCAUCUGGUUAGUGCGAGUAGGAUGGCCAAUACUGCUUGAACAACACUAGCGCUAUCUGCCAUGGCGCCAAUUUAACACUCCGAAUUCCCGCCAUUUUUGCAGAAGUUACCAAGACGACCGUUGCAAACCACAAAUCUUUAGAAAAAAAAUCCCAAUAUUUCCUCCCGGAAAUGGAUGAUUUUUCACGUCCUCCCUCAAGUGCUAUGUCCUCUGGGACACCAUUGGCCCCCUUGCGCCCUGGAACUGUUUUCCGGGGAACUUCCGGAAGGCCUCCGUCUUCUGUGCGAAGCGGAACAGCCAGCAGAUUGACCGCAGCAGCAAGCUCAAUGGGUCCUCCACAGACAGCCAGUGGACAGAGGAUUGGAAGCGCUCUCGGAGCUGCUAUGAUGGAGCGCCCUAUCACCCAGCAUGGAUUGAGUGGCCUCCCAACUGCCACAGGUCGAGUGGGAACAGCAGCUGGUCAGAGGCAAGUAAAAGAUCGAAGGUACUGGCAAGGAAUUCUGCAGAUGAAAAUCCAAGAAAUCACCCAGGAAACUGAUAGGCUGUCCAAGGAAAAAAAGGCACUAGAUAGGGAUCAAUCUGCAAGGAAGAUGUAUGAGAAACGCAUUAAAGGUGCUGCCAAGGAGCUAUCCAAUCUCCAGGCUCAGCUGACGGACAUGAAUCUCGCCCUGGAUGGGUAUAGUUCAGGAUUCUCGCGUCAACAGAUGCAGAGUGAAGCAUCUGGGAUUAGGGAGCGCAAUGAGGCUGUUCAGACACAAUUGGAAGGACUGUUUACGCAGAGGCAAGCACGGGAGGAGGCCAAUCGUCGCUUGGAGGAGGAUAUUGCCAGGGAACGCCACAAAGUUACUGAAAUGAUCUAUGCCUUGGCUCCGGCUGAGCAGCAGCAAUACCGGGAGUUGCAGCAGCUCUCGGAGGAACUAAAAGCCAAGACAGCAAGUCUGCAUGAUGAGAUUGAGUCUGUAACGAAGCAUAGGGAUAGACUUACAGCUACCCUCUCCUCAUCUCAGCCUCGGUUGGAGGCUUUCCGGCUGCAGAGUAAACUAGCCGGGCUACUGUCCAAAAGGGCGAGUCUUCGAGAGGAAGAAGCCACGAGACUGUCCCCAGCUCAGGAAAGAGAAAAGCUCAUUGCUGAGGUCAGAAGCAACAAUCAGGCUCUCACUAGCCUUUCUCGUCAGCUGAAACUCACUGAGGAUCAGCUGAAUGAGAAGCGAGAGCUCCUUCUUCAGGUGGAGCAUGAUCUUGAGGAAGGAAACAGUGAAAGACACGCCAAGUAUCGAGAGCUCAAGAGGCGCGAUGAGACCAUGACAGCAUUCCUGGACACUUUUCCCCAAGCCAUGGCUCAGCAGAAGCAAAAAAUUGAGACACUGAAGAAUCAAAUCGUUUUUGCCAUUGAACAAAUGACUCUGCAAGGGAUCAGCCUCAAGGGAUUGGCCAAGGAAGGCCGUGUGGAUAUUUUUGGGGAAAAGAAUGAUCUGACAUCUCAAGGAGGACUUCUCAAGGAGUACAAAAAGCUCAGUAUUCAACUACGUCAGCUACAGAUUCUAGAAAAGAGAACCCAAGAUCAACAUAGUGCCCUGAAACAGGAGGAAAUUGAACUAACCCAGGAGAUUUCCCGAUUCUCAAAUUUGGAUAGCCUUCGGGAAGAAGCAGCUGAGAAGAUGUCAGAACUGACAACCCGCCUCGAGGAGCUACGUAACAAAAAACGGGUUACAGAAGGAGUCCUCGAGGAAGCCCGGAAGCGUUCCCGGGAAACUAAAGAAAGUCUUCGCAGUAAUGAAUCCUACCGCCAGAUUUCUCAUCUAGAGGAAAAGCUAACUGAUCUGCGAAAGGAGAGCAAAGUUCUUCGUGGAGCUGUUGAGGAAAACCGAAAGGAGUUCAAUUACACCGAUAUCAAGCAAACAGCCAUGGAAAAUCUUAGAGUAAUUAUGGAUUUUCUCAGCACAAAUUCACCAAAUUCAUUUAUUUAAAAGAAUAGAAUAUUUGCAUCAUUUUUUCACUCUGGAGAAUAAAUGUUGUCCUGGGGUUUACUUGGAAGACAUCCACGCUUCAAUUUCAGCAACACUGGCAAAAGAUUUAAAAAUUUGUAUCAAUUUUCGCAAUAAAGAACUUUUGAGAUUAGAAAACUCA